CCGCAUUGUGAAUGAAAGUGAAACAAGUUAGAAAUCAUCAAUCGUUAGUCUGACUAGUGGCUAGGGGGAAUCAUAACUAAGUGAGUUCCCAACCUGUAAUUAGAUUAACUUUAACUGUAGUUUGCAAGAGUAGUUUUAGUUCUUUCAUCUUAAUCUGGUUUGCUAAAUAAUAAACUGAAGCUGAGUAAUAGUAACUCUAGAGACCCGUGGAUUCGAUAUUUAUCACUUGAGCCACUAUACUGCAGUUCCUUCCAUUGGUUACACUUGGCCAUUGUUAGGUGUUGUGUCAUAGCGAGUCAAGUUUUUGGCACCGUUGCCGGGGACUUUCUAGAGUAUUAGGAAAGGCAGAAGUUUGUUACUUUAGCAUUUUUCUUUUCUUUUCCACCCUUGUUUUUCACUUGGGUGUUUUUGUUUUUGUUGGUGCAGAUCUGAAUCAUGGAUCCUCAUGGAUUCUCCAACAAUUGGGGGUAUCCACCACCACCCGAGUGGUAUUACCCCGAGACUCCCUGGAGCAAUCAAGGAGGAGAAGACUAUGGAUUCGGGUUCCAGUACCAACCCCCUUACUACGAAGAACAACCAGACCCCUGGGCAUAUCAAGAACAACCUCAUUACCAAGAAGAAUUUCUCCCACAACCAGAAGGGCCAUCGGCGCUGGAGUUACCCAUGGCGGCCUUCACGGGCCAUUCUGCAGAGCCAUGCUACACUCCACAGCCAGAUCCGAACUAUGAAUUGAGGCUUCUCAUGGAACAGUUUGCUCGAGAUUGUGAGAGAACAUGCUCCAGGAUGGAUCAUUGUGUUCAGGCCUAUCGUGAAACAGAGGAGAUCCUCAUGAGCCUUAAGAAGAGCGUCGAUGAUCUUGAGCGAUCUUGGGCACAACCUGCUCCAGAUCACCCUUCUGCUACCAUACUAGAAGAGGAGGAGGAAGAAGAAGGCUACAAGGACAUUGUGGAGCACACUAAAGAUGUCACGGAGAGCUCCCGUGAUGAUCAUGAUCAGGAAUGUCCUGUCAUAGCCGACCACACCUUCCCACAUCCCAAACUGAGCUUUGAAGAGGCGGGCAUGAGUGAGGAGAUGCAAGAAGAUCUCAUGAAAGAAAUUGCUUGGCAGCUUGCUCUCCAAUCCGUGCUAGAAGAAGAAGAGCAAGAAAGGGUGCAGAAAGAAGUUGUGGAGGAUGAUGAAAGUGAAGCAGGAGAAGUUCUUGAUCAUUUCCCAGGGGUGGUACCACAUAAAGAAGAAAGGGAGGUUGAAGAAGAAGAAAGGGAGGUUGCAGAAGCAAUUGGCGUCCAAGCUGAGGACGAAGUUGAGGUGGAAGAGGCUUGCACCGGCUAUGAGUUAUUUGUGAUAUCUCCACCGAAUUUCGAGGAGGUGUUUGGCAAGGACCCAUUUGCAGUGUCUCUUUGCCAGACCAAGGCCACAUCGACAUCGGUCCCUCUUGGUGGAUGUGAUGGUGGUAAAUCGAUGUUGUCAUAUCUAGUUUGGGGCAAUGAGACGAGAGGAGAGAAGAAGAGGUCUCGAGGGUGGAGACUUCAUCUGCAUCAAGUGCAUGAGCCUUCAUCACCUGCCACACCACAUGCUCGUGACUUGAGACUCCACCUUAUCGACGAGUACCUCAACUUCAAGGAGGUUUUGGGGUGGACCGAAACUUAGGAGCCAUCGUCCGGCUCACGACGUGAAAGAAGCGCUUGUUGGGAGGCAACCCAACCAGUCGGUUUGCAUUUGUUUCUCUUUUUCUCCUUGGUUGAGUCAGCUUUGUUAUUUGAUUUUAGAGUCAAUAACUCAACCUAUGUGAGAUUUUGUGUGGUGUUUGUGGUCUGACCGCUCUCUCCUCCUGGAAUACACCGCCUGCCCCGUCCACCAUCAUUCACCCUGAAUCUGGUAACUUCGUUCUACCCUCCUUAUCUUUCCUCCAUUGAGGACAAUGUCGUGCUUAAGUGUGGGGGGAUGUUCGAUUAUGUAUGCGGGUGAAUGUUUGGCUGUUUGUGUGCUUGGAGCCUAGUCCACUGUCCAAAUUUUUAAAUUUGAGGGCUCCAAGUACUUGUUUCCUUGCAACUUGCCUGCUCAGUAUGCUUUGAAUUGACAGUCUCUAUAGUAAUGUGCAACCUAGGGAGGUAGUGUAGCACUAUGGAGGAUGUUGAAGUAUAAGAUUUUUCCUAUCUAGCUCUCUGCUGUGCCAGUUGAUUUUGUUAAUUAGUGGAGCUAAGACCAUUGAAUUCAUGUGGUAAUGGUGACUCUGAUUGGAUUGUGUUAUGGACUCGUGUAUCGAACAGGGUGCUCAUGUGAAAAAUGAAAUGCAGUUGGUCCUCCAUGUCAAAAUCAUAAAAUCUUAAACAUGGGGUAAGCCCAACGUGUGCGGCACCGUUCAUUGCACCAAAUCGGGUUUUGGAAGAGAUUUUAGUGAUCCUUAGUGGGGUACUCCUACAAGGUGAAGCUAAGCUGUCUCUAGUACAAGUAAAACUUCCACCCGUUGAACGGUUUGCCUACUUGAGGAUGUGUUUUUAAGGGCACGGAUAGAGCUUCCAACCCCCCUUAAUUUCAUUGACCCUCCACACGAGUUGAGGAAAAGGAGUUAAAAGAAGUACUCUGGCGAGCGCCAGAUGUACAAAAAUUUCUCUUGCUCGACUAAUAAGGGUCGACCGUGCAAAAGACUGCAGUUGGAACCCCCGCCAAGUGAAUGAAAAAGAAAAAAAAAGAAAAAUGAAAGUGAAAAAGGGGU